GAAAACGGUUUGACAGCUCGUCAGUGAGCGGAGGGAGGGCUUCCUGCCUGUAGUUUUGUUAUUCGGGUGGUUGGCCUGUUUAUACCAUUCCGUCAAUUUCAGUCUCACCAUGACAUCCUCUUUAGACGAAAACAACAAGGAAAAGAUGCGCUCUGUUUCUGUGGAUCUAAACAACGAUGCUUCUCUACUCAUUGACAUUCCUGAUGCACUCUGUGAAAGGGACAAAGUCAAGUUUACUGUCCAUACAAAGACCACACUGAGCUCUUUCCAGAAGCCAGACUUCUCUGUGCCCAGGCAGCAUGAAGACUUCAUCUGGCUACAUGACACUCUGGUUGAGACAGAGGACUACGCUGGCCUGAUAAUUCCUCCAGCGCCCCCAAAGCCUGACUUUGAGAGCCCAAGAGAGAAAAUGCACAAACUGGGGGAAGGUGAAGCCACUAUGACCAAAGAAGAGUACGCUAAAAUGAAGCAGGAGCUGGAGGCUGAAUACCUGGCUGUGUUCAAGAAGACUGUCCAAGUGCACGAAAUCUUCCUGCAGCGAUUGUCCUCUCACCCCAUUUUAAACAAAGACAGAAACUUCCAGAUUUUCUUAGAGUAUGACCAGGAUCUGAGUGUGAGAAGGAAGAAUGCCAAGGAAAUGUUUGGAGGAUUCUUUAAAAACAUGGUGAAGUCAGCUGAUGAGGUCCUUAUCUCAGGAGUGAAGGAAGUCGAUGACUUUUUUGAGCAGGAGAAGACAUUUCUUCUGGACUACUACAGCAAGAUAAAAGAUUCUACUGCCAAAGCAGAGAAAAUGACCCGCGCGCACAAAAAUAUUGCGGAUGAUUAUAUUCACAUCUCUUCCACUCUGAACAGUCUCUCGGCUGAUGAUAGUACAGCAAAUAAGAAACACCUGGAGAAAUUGUCAGAUCUGUUUGAGAAACUCAGAAAAGUGGAGGGAAGAGUUGCAUCUGACCAGGAGCUGAAACUGACCGAGCUGCUAAGAUACUACAUGAGAGACAUUCAGGCUGCUAAGGACCUUUUAUACAGGCGAGCCCGGGCGUUAGCUGACUACGAGAACUCUAACAAGGCUUUAGAUAAAGCUCGACUGAAAAGCAAGGACAUUCCCCAGGCAGAGGAGCACCAGCAGCAGUGCCUGCAGAAAUUUGACAAGCUUUCAGAUUCUGGGAAGAAAGAGCUCACUGGUUUCAAGGGAAGGCGUGUUGUGGCCUUCAGGAAGAACCUCAUAGAGAUGGCUGAGCUCGAAAUAAAACAUGCCAAGAACAAUGUGACUCUAUUGCAGGGAUGCAUUGACCUGCUCAAGAGCAACUGACACGUUUUCAAGUGGUCCUGUCCAUAACAUUACCAGUAUAACCAGGUGUCCCCGGGGCCCCUGCAUGGACAUGAAUCCAAGACCUUUCUCUGCCCACACCCAGGGGUCUGAUGCCACUUUAAAGCCCUGCACGAGAUGCUCAAGUGUCUCGUAAGACGAAUGUCUCCAUGUUUACAGAGUCCCUGUCCUCUGGUCUGUGGUCCAUCCUUUUCCAUUAUUUAUGGAAGUCAAACUCAAUGUAAUGCCUUUAGAGAAUGAGGCUGCCACCAUUAAGGUCUUCCCUAUUUUUGCAGCACUACAAGACAUGAAUUCUGUUUGGUUUUUUUGGUAAUUUCUCAAUUUAUCCUUUUUACAUUAUGCACAUAGUGUAAAUUUUGCCUUUUUCAUCACGUUUCUGCCUCCAUGAAUUUGAAUUCUAACCUCCUCCCUCGUGUAAAUACCUUUUUGCAAAAAGGCUUAGAGAAUGUCUUUUGCAUAGCCAUAACCUACAUUUUACGGCUCAUAUGCUUAAUCUUUUGGGGGCUUUUUGUUUGCUAAUGGAACAGUUUGACUGAUGCAAAACUAGUGCCUGGAAAAAACUAUCCUCAUUCUCUGCAUUCCUGGCCUCUGAGAUUAGAGUGUAUUCAAACCACCCCGUUAGAAGACAAGACUGAUCAUCAAGUAUUCAAAAAUAGCUGCACUUCACCUCAGGAAUGGACUGUUGGUUUCGUCCCCAUUUGUAAGAAGUGGCGUCAGAUCCCACAGUUAUCAAAGACACACAUGGAUGAAUCAUAGAGACCGGUAGAAGAAUAAAUCAAACAAUAGGCUAUUUAAGCAUUAGCAUUUUCAUCCCAGCACAUUUGCACAGGGCACCCACAAUACCCCUGUACCACAUGUAUAAUGUCCUCAGCUGCUUCUUUACCCUGGCCAACUAUUAAUUAUUGUUCCUUUUCUUUAUUUUUCCCCAAAUCGUUAAUUACAGGCUCUCAUGUAUUGGACCUGAUAUAUUUUACCAGAUCUUCAAAGCAGUUGGUUUAUUUCAAACUGAAAAAGAUGCACUAAAAAAAAAAAUAAGAUACUUUACAAACGUGACCAGGCUCAGUGGAGAGUUAAAAUACAUUAUAGUUUUAUAUGAAAAUGAAUGUAUUUCUAAUGGAUUCCAUCUGUGCGAAGACCUUUACAUGAUGCUUUUCCUACAGAACAGCAUUUUAUAAAUUUGUAAUAAUUGCAUUAAAUAAAUCUUGUUUUUCCCAA